AUGGGCUCCAAUAAAGAAAGCUAUCUCGAAUCCCUAACACGUGACGGCUUCGUCCUUAUCCCGUCCCUCCUCACCCCUUCCCAGCUUGAAACUCUCCGAGCUGCCGCUACAGAUGUCAUCUCCUUUGCACGAUCCGGCUCCUGGCCAUAUGUCCGCACAUUGCCUAAGCAAUUCCCGCCCUGGAAGAUUGAACCAGGCGCGAACCCAGCUGCGGACGGAAUAUGGGGCGUGCAGUUCCUGAUGCAUCCAUCUCUCCCACACGCACAAACUUUUAUCAAGAACUACUUCUCCUCGGCGAUUAUCGAUGUGAUCAAGGAACUAUUACAAUGUGAGGAUGAGGACUUGGUGCUGGAGCUGUUUAAUUUAUUGGUUCGGCCAGACCAUGAUUUUGAGCUGGUGUGGCAUCGGGAUGAUAUUCCGGCGACUGCGACUGCCGAGGAGGAAGUCGAGCGGCUGAAGGAACCGGCGUGGCAUGCGCAGUGGAAUUUGGCCUUGUUCGAUGAUGAGAGUUUGAUUGUGGUCCCGGGAAGUCAUACCCGGGCGAGAACCGACGUGGAGAGAAAUGCUGCACCCAAGGAGAAGGGAAUUCCUGACGAGAUUAAGGUCCAGAUGAAGGCGGGCGAUGUGGUAUUUUAUAACAACAAUAUUUUCCAUCGAGGGGCGUAUAAUAGUAAGGUUGAGAGGAUGACGCUGCAUGGAAGUAUGGGACAUGUUGAAGGGAGCAAUCUGAGGGCCAGGAAUGUCCUACAGCAUGGCAUUGGCGAGUGGGUUGGCCAGAUAGACUUGAGCGGGCUUGAUGAGGGUGAGAGGAAGAGGGCCGAGGGUAUGAGAGAAAGGUUGGUGAAGAUGGGGAGCCAUACUGGGGAGUAUUCUUUGGAAGGAUAG